AGUUGCACAUAAAUACUUGGAAUGUCUGCAUCUCUGUAAGCAACGAGUUUCUUCUUGGGGAAUAAAAUCAGCAGUGUUGCUAUUACAAAAUGACAAAACAUCCACCGAAUAGAAGAGGGAUCAACUUUGAGGUGGGAGCCCAGUUGGAAGCCCGUGACAGAUUAAAAAACUGGUAUCCAGCUCACAUUGAAGAAAUUGAUUAUGAGGAAGGGAAAGUACUUAUCCAUUUCAAGCGCUGGAACCAUAGAUACGAUGAAUGGUUUUGCUGGGACAGUCCUUACUUGCGUCCCUUAGAGAAAAUACAGUUAAGGAAAGAAGGAUUACACGAGGAAGAAGGAUGUGCAGGAUUUCAUAUAAAUGAUCAAGUAUUGGCAUGCUGGUCGGACUGUCGCUUUUAUCCAGCCAAAGUUACUUCUGUUAACAAAGACGGUACCUAUACUGUGAAAUUUUAUGAUGGUGUAGUUCAGACUGUCAAAAACAUUCAUGUCAAAGCUUUUUCCAAAGACCAGACUAUUGUGGGUAAUGCUAAGCCUAAAGAAAGAGGUAAUGAAAUUCCGUCAUCUCCUGAAAAGCGGGAGAAAUUUAAAGAACAGAGGAAAGCAACAGAUAAUGCAAAGAAAAACAAGGAUGAAAAGACAUUAAAGACUGAGAAAAGGGUUAAGCAACCUGACAAAGAGGGAAAAUUGAUCGUCAUCUCAGAAAAAGGCAAGGGCUCAGAGAAGAAUAUAGCUAAGAAUGGAAAAGAAGAUAAAGAGAAUAUAUCAGAGAAUGAUAUGGAAUAUUCAGUAGACACACAAGUUGAGAAGAAGCCUGAGAACGACAAUGUAAAGAGUCCACAGGAAAAUGUAAAAGAAACUAAACGAAAACGUGGAAGGCCACCAAUAACUCCUCCAACAGAGCAGAGUUCUCAGAGGCUGCAGCCCAUAACUUUAGAGCUAAGACGUCGGAAAGUACCUAAAGGAGGUGAAGUUCCAGCGAAGCGUCCCAGGAUUGAUAAAAAUUUGUCUCAGGAAAAAUUGAAAAACUCUUCAGAUAAUCAUGAGAGAGACCAGAUUAGAAGGCGAUCUUCAAGACUCUCAUCUGGUGUUGGCCACGAGAUUGAAAAUACAGAUCACAACACAACAACUUCAACAGAAAUUCAGACUGUGAAAGAUACAGUAUCUAACCCAAAGGAACUUGAGAAGGUUGAGUUAGGAAUUCCUGUUGAAGCUGACCAAAAUUUCUGUGAGGAAGCAUCUUCUGGAGAUGCAUUACAUCCUGCAGUUCUCGGGGUGGAUGCUAGCCUAGAAGAAGAAAAAGUUGAAGAUUCUGAGCCUUCCUCUGCUGCUGACAGACCUGAGGAUCCUCCUGCUGCUACAGUAACAAAACCUUUUAGGAGAGCACAUUUUCUUGCAUCAAAAGCUGCAGCUGUUGAUCAAGAUCACAAGUUUAGAUGCAAGUUCUUGGACUGUUUAAAAUCCUUCCGCAAAGCCAAGUUAUUGCAUUAUCACAUGAAAUAUUUUCAUGGAGUGGACAAGGCUGCAGAAUCACGGCAGAACCCAGUAAAAAGAAAUAUUCAAACUAGAAGUUCUUUGGCUUCUGAAAGAGCUAAUCAAGAGAGGUCUAAAAGAGGACGGACUACAGCCGGUUCAAUGUAUGCUCCUCUACAUGUAGCCUUAAGACGUACACCAUAUAGAGAUGAAAAAAUAGAAAAGAGAAGAACUUCAACUCCUGUAAAUGCAUUAAAUAAUCACCGGCAUUCUGUCAGAGAACAAACCAAGAACCACGUAGAGAAAGUGCUCCGGAAGCCUCAAGAAAAAGAAAGAGUUGAAAAUGCUGUUAAAGAACAGGAGAAGAGCAAAGAGAGAAAAUCCAAAGACUAUGGAAGGUCCAAAUCGAAGAAAAAGAAAAAAAAGAAAAGGAAAAUUAAGCCUGAAUACUCUGGAAGCGAAGAAAGCACAGACGUUUCACAGGAGCUUUCUCCAGAAAAAGCAGUUGUCCCAAAAUACAGUUGUGCAAAUAAAUCGCCUGCCCACCCAAGCACGCUGCUGCCGUGUUCUGACUCCGCACAGCGCAGAGGGAAAUCCAAGACAAACGAGGAAGACACCUUGAGUGAAUCCUCUACGGAUAGCUUGCUUUGGAGCGAUGAUGACUGCAGUCAGGAUAUCGAUGUGACCACUAACCCUGACGAAGAAGUUGAAGAAAGCGAUCUGGAGAUUGUUCGGUGUAUUUGUGAAGUAGAAGAAGAAAAUGACUUCAUGAUUCAGUGUGAAGAGUGUCUGUGCUGGCAGCAUGGAGUCUGUAUGGGUUUACUGGAAGAUAAUGUACCUGAGAAAUAUACCUGCUACAUCUGUCAAGAUCCUCCAGGUCAGAGAUCCAGCUUAAAGUACUGGUAUGAAAAGGAGUGGUUAAGUAACGGUCACAUGCAUGGCUUAGCCUUUUUGGAAGAAAAUUACUCCCACCAGAAUGCCAAGAAGAUCGUAGCCACUCACCAGCUGCUCGGCGAUGUACAGAGAGUCAUCGAAGUUCUGCAUGGGCUGCAGCUGAAGAUGAGCAUAUUACAAAAUAAAGACCAUCCUGACUUACAGCUGUGGUGUCAUCCCUGGAAGCACAUCACUGUGGAUGAAAAGAUUCAUACAAAACACAUCAUUCACAUUGAAGAGAACUGUUGCAAAGAGGAGAGUGCGAGUUACAGAGCUUGGAAUGGGACAGUUGAGAAGCCCGCGACCAUUCCUUCCGUGGAGGAGUCUUACAUCACGAGCGAACACUGUUACCAGAAGCCUCGCGCCUACUACCCUGCUAUAGAGCAGAGACUGGUUGUGGAAACACGGGGUGCAGCCAUGGAUGACGGCGUGAACAGAAUAAGGGAAAACGGGGAUGAUGUCCUGUCGGAGAGGUUCGGUUGGAACCUGGACCGAGAAAUAUGCAAGAUGGAAAAUGAAUCCAAACACAAUUACUCCAAGGUAAGAGAGCCUGUGUCCAAGAAGGUGUCUCCAGAGGAAGCCAUUGAAAUGAAACUGCUGGAGAAGGACAAGGAGGGAGUUGUGAACUCUCAGCUGCAGUGGCAGCUAAACCUUUUAGCUCAUGUGGAGUCCCUACAAGAUGAAGUCAUACACAGAAUGGACUUCAUUGAGAAGGAACUAGAUGUUCUGGAGAGCUGGCUGGAUUACACAGGAGAGCUGGAACCACCAGAACCACUAGCUCGACUUCCACAACUCAAACAUUGUAUAAAGCAGCUUAUCACGGACCUGGGGAAAGUGCAACAGAUUGCGCUUUGCUGCUCAACGUGAGACUGGGAAACGUUGGAAACGGCUGCUGGGCCUGAAGGUGGAGCGUCUGACGUGAACAGCUCUGUAUAUUUAAAUGAAAAUAGCAUGCUGGUUGCAUGUAGUGCGGAUUGACUUCAGGGAGUCGUGAAGAAGUGCUGUUCAAAGAACGGCAGGGUUAUUUCCUCUCAUCGUAAUUUGGGGUUUAUUAAACACUUAGUACGGAAGGGGUUAUGUUGUUCUCCUCAAAGUUUGAGCCUUGGCUGAUAAAUUACACUUAAACUUUCCCACCUUACAAGUUGUUCAUGGAAACGGUAGACUUUUUUGCAAUUGAAUUGACUAAAAAUUGUGCCACUGAAGAACCGAGUUCUAAGAGCCAAAAAUGUUUAGUUGACAGAGGUUGUAAAUAACUUUCCAUAGUUUAAGUGACUUGUGUCAUGUUUUAUUCCUUCUGGUUUAUGCAUAAUAGCACACAGUAUUUAAUCAUUAGGAAACAGUAUAACAGUUUUCAGUCUUAGCAAGUAUGAAUUUCCAGCUCUUACUGUAAACUGUUACGUGGAGAUUUGCAAGAAACACUGGUCUAAACUCCACUUGGAUUACGUUAAAUGAUGUAGCAGAAGGUCACAGGUGGAUUGCACUUGCUUUUCAGAAAAAAUGAUUGUUUUUCCAUAUUUAUCCCGUCACUAUCACACGACUUGGUACUGGGGAAACCCGUCGAUGUCUCUGUGUGUUCUCCAACCCUGGAAACUGUGGCCGUCCUGUGCCUGCUGAAGCAGGGCCCGUGGGACACCCUGGUGGCGGGACCGGAUCCUGCUGAGCAGACCCGGAGCAGUCUCGGAGUUCCAGAUUGCACACCAUCCCUAACAGACCCUGUGUAGUUUUCUACCCCUUUGUUAAUAAUUGCCAUUCCAGUUAUAUUUUGAAACGUAGACCUUUUUCAAUACUCUGAACGUGUUCGUUGUAAAGACUUCCUCUGAAUGUGUGGUUUUGGGAAUCAGUUUAUUUUAUAUUUGUGUAAAUAAAGCCUCAAGAUCUAUGCAUGAGGUGCUGUCCUCGCAGACAGCAAGUGGGUUAUUAUCUUAAACGGUGUAUGUUCCAGAAGUCCCUUUUUAUACCUUCAGUUUUAAUUUUCUGGUUUGUAUUAUUUUUGUGCGGGCAAGGUGAAAAUGCUGCUUUUGUUCGAGGCCACGAUGCAGUCCCCUCGGAGCGGUGCUGGGUUGUACGUGUUUGAAAAGCCUUUCGGCCGCACAUCGCAGCUCCGCAGAGAGCGCCCCUGACUUCACUUUUCCUUCCCAAGUGUUGCCAGGUCCCCUUGGAAAACGGUCAAGCUGUUCUGCAUUGAGGGAGGAUGUCCUGAAAAAGCUGGAUUUCUCUUUUUUGUUGUUGUUGUUUCGUUUUCACGUGAUGGUACCACCAAAGGUUAAAACCUAAGCACAGUUGUAAUUGAGAGGCCCAUAACUACAAGUUUUAAUUAUGGAUGUGACUCUGUAAUGUUUAUAUGCUGCAAAAAAUAAUGAUUUACUAUGUAAACUUGAAAUAGGCGAUAUUAUUGUAGGAGUAACAGUAUCUACACAGCAAAUAUUUUAAUCAAUUCCUUCAGAAAACGACCAUAACUCGGCUGCUCUAGGUAGUAACUAAGGCUUUUCUGCCCAGACUCAUUUCAGGGAAUAAUUUGUCUCACAGUUUUACAGCGCUAGUUGGUAUAUAGUGAAUACCACCUAUGUAUAGCAGAAAAGUAAACGUAUUUUUCUGUAACACAGUUGGAAUAAAAGCUUACCUGGUAUUUAACUGUCACUUCACUCUCUAAAGGUGAAAGCAAUGCGUACGCUGGGACACAUUCCUGUUAAGGACACCUGCGUUUGUGGGUACCGUGUAGCUCUAGAACACACAGCAGUAACCAAAAGAUGAGAAGAGCAUCGGUAGGAGGGUUGUUAACAACUG